AUGAAGGGCGGCGAAGGCGUCGACAACCCCGCGUUCGUGCCCUCCAGCCCCGACGCCCCGCGCCGGCGCCGCGCCUCGGCCUCCGCCGUCGACGUCCGGGUGGAGGUCCCGAGCCCGGAGCCCCCGGCGCCCCCCGCGCCCCCCGCGCCCGCGCCCGACGGCCCGCCCGGGUCCGAGUCGCCCCCCGAGUUCGAGGAGGGGCCGUGCGGCUGGGGCAGCCUGCAGCCCGAGGGUCUGCAGCGCUGCAACACGCCGCUGGGCUUCCUCGUCCACUACUGCCUGCUGGCUCUCACGCAAGGUAUUGUAGUCAAUGGCCUCGUAAAUAUCAGUAUAUCUACUAUUGAGAAGCGCUAUGAGCUGAAGAGUUCCCUCACAGGCCUGAUUUCAUCAAGCUAUGAUAUCUCCUUUUGCGUGCUGUCUUUAUUUGUCUCAUUCUUUGGUGAAAGAGGACACAAACCAAGAUGGCUUUCAUUUGCAUCCUUUAUGAUAGGACUGGGAGCAUUUGUAUUUUCACUGCCAAGAUUUUUUAGUGGAGCAUACCAAAUAGGGUCCCUUUUUGAAGAUACAUGCUUAGCAACAAGGAACCGAACCAGUUGUUCCUCUUCAAGUUCCCCACUUUCCAACUACCUGUACGUCUUCAUCCUGGGGCAGCUAUUUCUGGGAACUGGCGGGACUCCUCUCUAUACCCUGGGGACUGCUUUUAUCGACGAUUCUGUUCCCACACACAAGUCUUCUCUCUAUAUAGGAAUUGGCUAUUCCAUGUCAAUUUUAGGUCCAGCUAUUGGCUAUGUGUUAGGAGGACAACUUCUGACUUUGUACAUUGAUACUGGUAUGGGACAGAGCAUUGAUAUCACUGAGGAUGAUCCACGAUGGCUCGGGGCAUGGUGGAUUGGAUUUCUUUCGAUUUGGCUCUUUGCGUGGUCUUUAAUAAUACCAUUCUCUUGCUUUCCAAAACAUUUACCAGGUACAGCACGAGUUCAAGAAGGAAAAGUUUCCCAGACCCAUCAGAAUAAGAAUUCUUCUUCACAGGACACAGAUGAGAAAUUUGGCAAAAGCUUAAAAGAUUUUCCAGCUGCUCUAAAGAGUUUGAUGAGGAAUACUGUCUUUAUGUGUUUAGUUCUAUCAACUUCUUCAGAAGCCUUAGUUACUACUGGAUUUGCUACAUUUUUACCUAAAUUUAUAGAAAAUCAGUUUGGAUUGUCAUCCAGCUUUGCUGCUACCCUUGGAGGGGCUGUUUUAAUUCCUGGAGCUGCUCUUGGCCAGGUUUUAGGUGGUAUCUUUGUUUCAAAAUUCAAAAUGUCGUGUAAAAAUACAAUGAAAUUUGCUUUGAUUACAUCUGUCAUUGCAUUUGGACUGAGCUCCGUAUUUAUUUAUGCCAACUGUGAAAACGAGCCAUUUGCUGGUGUUACUGAAUCAUAUAAUGGAACUGGAGAGCUGGGGAAUUUGACUGCACCUUGUAAUGCCGAUUGCAAUUGCUUGCGAUCAUAUUAUUAUCCUGUCUGUGGAGAAAACGGAGUCCAAUACUUUUCUCCAUGCUUUGCAGGCUGCAAACAUUCUUUCUCCAAUGAACAGUCGAAGGUAUAUAACAGAUGCUCCUGUAUUGUAAAGAAGACAGAAAUACCACCUACUGAAGAGAUCUUGGGUUUUGAAGCAAAAGCUGGAAAAUGUGAAACUCGGUGUACAUACUUGCCUAUUUUUCUUGCAGUUUUCUUCUUUACAGUGAUUUUUACCUUUAUGGCUGGUACUCCGAUAACUGUGUCCAUAUUGAGGUGUGUUAAUCACAGACAACGCUCGUUAGCAUUGGGGAUACAAUUUAUGCUGCUUCGAUUAUUAGGCACAAUACCUGGACCAAUUAUAUUUGGGUUCACAAUAGACAGCACCUGUGUUCUCUGGGAUAUCAAUGAAUGUGGCGUUAAAGGAGCUUGCUGGAUGUAUAACAACAUCAAGAUGGCUCAUAUGCUAGUAUCCAUAAGUGUUGUUUGUAAAAUUAUCACCAUUUUCUUCAACGGACUUGCAAUAUUUUUGUAUAAACCACCGCCAUCCUGCAUAGAAGUAUCAUUUCAAAAUCAAGACACAGUUGUGACUACUGUUUCUCUCCCAAGUGAUCUCAACAAAGCAGGAAACGAAGGAUGAAACAGAAAUGGAAGUGAUCAUUCUGCAGCAGGAAACUUGACCUCGGUUGUAAGAAUAACCAUUGCCAUUGCAGCAUUAACUACCCAAGAGAGACAAUCAUUUUUAAAAUUGAUAUUUUAUAAUUAAA